AUGUCGGAUGCUGAAAAUGGGACCCUUAAUGAGACGGAGGCUUCCAUCGUAGAGGAAAAUCCUUUUGCGUCACUUAGUUAUGAAGAAAAAUUGCAGUUUGCAUGCCCUAUUGCGCAGCCUAUGGCUUCGGAAAAGUUGACGAAGCGUCUUAGCAAAUUAAUGAAGAAAGCCAAGCGGAACAAGAUGUUGUCAUGUGGAGUCAAGGACGCUGUCAAGCAGAUAAUCAAAAAGAAAAUACCUGGAAUUCUUGUCAUCGCCGGAGACGUCAGUCCUAUUGACACUGUUUCACACAUCCCUGUAAUAUGCGAGGAGAACAACAUUCCCUAUUGUUAUGUCCCUUCGCGGUAUGACUUGGGUGCAAAUUUCUCCUCAACUGCUAGCUCCUUGUGUGUCUUCAUCAAACCGAAUGAGGAAUACGAGGAUCUUUUUAGUAAAUGUCGGUCAGCUGUUGAUGCGUUACCUUUGCCAAUCCAUUAA